GCGUUCAGCGUCGUAUCGUCACUCCGCCGGUAGGCCCCGUCGUGUGCGGACGUCUUUCGCGUCUCGUCGUAAAUAAUCGUGUUCAAUUGAACGUAAAUAAAGCGUGAAGUGCUAACGUGACUGAAUAAAAUCGUGUAUUAAAGUUUCGUGACUUGUGGAAAUGUUCUGAUAUGAAUUAAGGAUUAAAUAAUAUUAAUAUAUUUUAAUUCGUUUUGAUUUAAACCGUAUAAAUGAUGGGUGUAAGCAGUUGUAUGAGUCUGAGGCAGGCGAGAGGGUCGUGCCAUUGCCCAGCCUGUCCUCGGGCUUCGGGACACGGGGUGUCGAUGCCGCCUCAGACUCUGGUUCUGCCGCCAAUGGCCCUGGAACCGGAAACUACUCCGGUUAAGGACAAGAAAGGAUCGAAAAUGAAGGUCCUGAAAAAGAUUAAGAAAAAAAUAGGACUAGCGCCCCGCACCUCCUGCACCGGUGGUACACCUAAUAACCUACCACCGCUCAGCUUCCACGCGGUUCACGGCGAAAACGUCCGUGUGUCACGCGAUGGUGCGACUGCGAGACGUGUCGAGUCGUUUUGCAAGGGCGUCGUGUUCAGCGCUCGACCCGUUAGGGUUAAUGAAAAAGUGUGCCUCCGCUUUCUGGAAAUGUCAAAUAGCUGGAGCGGUGUCCUACGUUUCGGAUUCACCACCCACGAUCCCACGACCCUAGCGCACGCACUCCCGAAGUACGCCUGCCCAGACCUAACAAAUAAGCCCGGUAACUGGGCAAAGGCACUCGGCGAAAGGUUCUGCGAGAAGGACAAUAUUUUGUACUAUUACGUGAAUUCGGCUGGAGAUGUCCACUUCGGUAUCAAUGGGGAGGACAAGGGCAUGUUUUUCUCGGGCGUCGAUACACGCAGCCCGCUCUGGGCAUUAGUGGAUGUGUAUGGCAACUGCACAGCCGUCCAACUGGCUGAUCCCCGAGCCCCCAGUCAAGUUAGAAGAUGCACGCAAAGCCCAAUUUCUGAGGAAGAUAGAAUAAUCAGUGGUAUGCGCUCAAUGACAGUUGAAGAAGCUUUACCAGCUCCUAGAUACCAAAACCCGCUGGUUCCAUUGAGCCUUCAUAGGACAAAAGGCAGGAAUGUCCAGUUCAUCAACGAUAGAGGUAUAGCCGCUAGGAUCGAAGCAGAAUUCUGUCAAGGAUACGUGUUCACAGCACGACCGAUGCGCCCAGGACAAACUAUUGUUGUCCAAAUUUUAGCAACGGAAACAGCAUACGCUGGAAGCUUAGCGAUCGGUUUGACGUCCUGCGACCCUGCAACCCUCAGACCCAGCGAUUUACCAGAUGAUGCGGAACAGCUAUUAGAUCGUCCAGAAUACUGGGUGGUUCGACGUGAUGCAGCCAACGGUCUCCGGAGAGGUGACGAAUUAGCCGUCACCUUGACCUUAGAUGGAGAAGUUCGUGUCAGCAGAAACGGUUCCAAUCCUGUGACAGUAAUGCACGUCGACCACACGCUGAGACUUUGGGCGUUCGUUGAUAUUUAUGGAGCUACGCAAAAAGUGAGGAUGUUGAGCUCUCAAGCGAUGCAAGCACAGACUCCGCCGCAACAGUUGAGAGUACUGGCAAGUUCUGCAGCGCCGAUAAACGCUGGAGCAGGUGGAACAGUACUAGUCGUCAGUCUUCCACCGCAGAAUGGAGCUCAGAAUGCAGCGAACCACCAGCAGGGAUUGACAUUGGCUAGUGCGCACUAUAUUGAGCCAAUCCAAACGACUUCCCAACUCUGCUUGGCGGGUCUUCAGUCAAUCUCAACCCAAGCUCCAUCAUGCUCAGUGCCUCAACCGUACCGUCCCCGGACAGAAGGCCAAUGCUCUUCUACCAGCCAAAACAACUCCAACGAGCAACUACAAAUGCCUAACGGACUCUCUGAACCAUUAAGACUCGACAGGAUUCCGAAUGGACCUUCCACUAGCCGACCCAUACCAUCUACCUCACACCAUCAGCCAAUAUACUCUGUGAUCGGGGAAGGAAACCUCACAGGCACAGAAUGCACAAUUUGUUAUGAAAAUCCAAUAGACAGCGUGCUUUAUAUGUGUGGUCAUAUGUGUAUGUGUUACCGCUGUGCAGUUCAGCAAUGGAGGGGGAAGGGUGGCGGCCAAUGCCCACUGUGCAGAGCACAAAUUAAGGACGUUAUCCGCACAUACAAAUCUUGAUGUGUUUGUAAUUCGUGUUGUCUAAAAGAUGUCGGUAUGAUUUUCGCGCGUUUUUCGCUGUCAAACUGACGUUGAUACGCAACUAGCGUCCUGAUUGAAUGGUAUGAAUGAUUGAACGGUUAGAUUUGGAUGAGUGUCAUUAGUAUAAGGUGAAAAUAAUAUGCCAAAAAUACGUUCGGAUACUCUACACAAUAUGAUUUGACAAUUUUAAUAUAUUCGCUAAGGUAGCUACUCCAAAAAGUAUGUAUAUAAUAAUGUAACGUAUUUAUGUGUACAAAAACACUGACAUUAAUUAAUUAUAAUUUGACAUAUAGAAAGGUUUUGAGAGUAAUUUGGCUGUUAUCAUGAUAUGUAUUGUAAUCAUAAAGGAAUAUAUGUUAAAAUAAUAUAUACAUUUAAAUAAUUUAGUUACAUAAACGAUUUUUUUAACAUAACCUAAAAAUUAAAUACGAAAUAGGUUAUUUUAAACAAAUAAUAAUAUUUUUCUUGUAACCAUGACUUUUUAACCGUAACGUUUAAUUCGAAGAUAUUUUUUUUAUUGUUUUAGCAAUACGUCAAUAUUUAUAAUAAUAUUCAUGUAUUUUUGAAACAAUAAUAAAAAAAAAAAAACGAUUUUUGUAACAAAACGUCACAUAUGUCACUUGUAGACGUCACCUUGACAUUAUAAGUAAUCAUUAAAAAUAUAUACUAUCUAUAAUUUGCGCAGAUAAUAUAAUACAUUGAGUUUAAAUACGCGAGGCUAAAUUAUUUGUGUAUGACGGUAGUUUUGCUAGGUAUUAAUAAAUAAUAGGGUUCCUAAGUUAGAGUUUGUAGGGCACGCGUAGAUAUAUAGAUAAGACAGUGCCUAUAUUCCAUCUCUGUCUAAAUGUAACAAGAGUGAAAGAGAUGAAGAUAUCCUAUUGAAGUAUAUAACGUUAGAAUUUGUACCAGGGAGACAUAAACGCAAUGGACGUAUUUUCUUGUAUUUCUUUAUUUUUAUUCCGCUGUCUUUGUUUUCGUAUAUUUAUGCAGUGAACUCCCGAUUAUUCAUAGUCGAAUCAGAGUCAAUCGCAGAUGUUUUUAAAGUGUUUUAUAUACACUAUAAUGGCAAUAUAUGCGGUUACAAAAUUAUAAAUAAUAAUCAUUAUCUUAAUCUAAGAAAAAUUUCUUUUUUGUUUCGUAUUUUAUUGUUAAUGAUAUAAGAUUGUCGAGAGUUAACUGUAGUUUGUUUUGUCUAUGCGCUGUCUUGUCUAUUCAUCUAUGACAGUAGGCUGUAAUCGUACGUCCACAGAUUAUAAAUAGUCGGUGAUAGAUUUAAAAAGCAUUUAAUAAUUUAUAUCAUAUCGUAAUUAUAAUUUUUCUACUUGAUAAUGUUACCAGACCUCGGGAGUUCCUAUUUGAACGAUUUUCUUUCAAGAGGUUAUGCGAUUUUUUAAAUUUAAAUAUGGAAUCUUAGUGUUCUAUUUUAUUGUUUAUAAUAAUCGCAUGAUCAUACAAUAUUUACAACAACAAUGGAGUAUAGAGGGAAGGUUUAUUCUAUCUCUCUGUAAUGGGUCACAGAUGUAAAAGUAACCAAUCCCUAAUAAGAUUUGUCUUCAAGUCUUGUGACUUAUAUAAAGGCAAAAUAUACAAUUAUUGAUUUACUUUAACCUUUUCUAAGUUUGGAACUAAACUACAAUAACGCCAUCUUAAUUAAAAUUCAAAUACUUUGUAUUCAGGAUUUCCUGACCUCUAUCCUCCAUAGUUAAAACAUUCUAUAUCUUAAACUGUUAAAUAAUCGUGCGUUUGAGUUAAAUUAUACUUUUGUCAUGUAUUUAAAAUGUUUAUAAAAUCAAUAGGAAAAGUGUGUCAUUACAGAUGUGUGGAAAUGAAAUAUAAGCUACAUACAUACAUGUCAUAAUUUCUAGAGAGUUCUCUAUUUUAAGAGGCUAUUACUCAGAUCAACUUGUAAUAUCACACAGAUAUUCUAUGUUUCCAAUAUCUGUCAUGUCAUGUUUAACAGUAAAAAAAAACGAUCAGAUAUUUAGCGGACAUCGGCCCGUAGAUAAAGCGCUAUGGCGCUGUGUUGCCAGUGCUAAAUAUCGAGCAUCAAAACGAAAAUCGUUCAAUACGAAUAAGUUCGUUCAGCUUUAAAAUUUUAAAAAUAAACUCGGAAUUUUAUCGUAUACUACCAUUCCUUACUUGCUCAACCUUCUCAAUUCUAAUAUACAUAUCAUAGCUUACGUAGCGAUGACGUCAUUUUGGAGAGAGACAAGACAACAAGAGAGGACAAGAGAUCUCUUUGUGUUUGUGGCGUUAUGUCUAUGUAAUUGUGUCCUUAACAUAUCUCUACCAAUAAAAUGGCAUUUUCUUUUUUUAAAUCAUUCCUAUUUAGAUCUUUUUCUUUUAUAAUAAUUACCAAUUUUAUCGUACCAAACAUUUGCAGCCAAUUAUGUCUGUAACAAUUUGUUUAAGUGUCAUUGUAAAUUGUUUCUGUACGGUUCUAAAUUUGAAAAAGAUUUUCAAAUAUAGAAUAGUAUGGUUAUAUUAUUAAACGUAACGUAUUUAUUUAAUAUAUUUAGGACAGUUUUAAGCACUUUUAUACCAAAACAGUGUGACCAGUUUAUUGAUUUUUUUUAUUAAAUAAUACUAAUUAAAAACUCGACUAUGUUUAAGUGAAAUAUAAUUAAUUUGUAAAUAAAUAUAAUCGAUGGAUCAAUAUCGGUACAUGUUUGUAAAAAUAAUUUUGUAUUCAAAUUUGUAUCUGUAAUACGGAUUUUGUCUCUUUCUCGUUUAUAAGAUUUAAAGUGUACGAGCGAGACAGCAUGUUUUGUUCACAAAAUUAGUUAUAAACGUGUACCAAUAUGGCACUUAUGUGAUAAUCGUAAUUUUUCGACAUUUUUUUUGUUUCCUUUCGUCUUGUGUAUAGCGUUGUCAUCUAGUCGUUAAUUUAUUAUAUUUUGAAUUUAGAAAAAACUUUCAUUUGAUUAAGAUGUUGGAAUUUAGAUAAGUUUUCAAUUAAAAUGGUUAUUGAAAUUU